GCUCUUUGCUGUGGGGUACCCCUGCCCUCCGCGCCACGAUUUCGACAUGCAAAAAAUCAAAUCUCUCAUGACCCGACAGGGUCUGAAAAGCCCUCCAGAGAGCCUCAGUGAUCUUGGUGCCAUUGAGAGUCUCCGGGUUCCUGGAAAGGAAGAAUUCAGGGAACUUCGAGAACAGCCAAGUGACCCUCAAGCUGAACAAGAGCUAAUUAAUAGUAUUGAACAAAUAUAUUUUUCUGCAGACUCGUUUGAUGUCGUUAAAUAUGAGCUGGAGAAGCUCCCGCCUGUUCUCAGUUUGCAAGAAUUAGAGGCGUACAGAGAUAAAUUGAAACAACAGCAAGCUGCAGUCUCUAAAAAAGUAGCAGAUUUAAUCCUUGAAAAACAGCCUGCCUACGUAAAGGAACUCGAAAGAGUUACCUCAUUGCAGACAGGUCUUCAGUUAGCUGCUGUUAUCUGCACAAAUGGGAGGAGACACUUGAAUAUUGCCAAGGAGGGUUUUACUCAAGCUAGUUUAGGCCUUUUUGCAAAUCAGAGGAAACGUCAGUUGCUGAUUGGACUUCUGAAGUCUCUGAGAACUAUAAAAACAUUGCAAAGAACAGAUGUACGCUUAAGUGAAAUGCUGGAGGAGGAAGACUAUCCAGGAGCUAUUCAAUUGUGCCUGGAAUGUCAGAAAGCUGCCAGCACUUUUAAACAUUACAGUUGUAUAAGUGAACUGAAUUCAAAGUUGCAAGAUACUUUAGAACAAAUUGAGGAACAGCUGGAUGUAGCUCUUUCCAAAAUCUGUAAGAAUUUUGACAUUAACCAUUAUACCAAAGUUCAACAAGCUUAUCGACUUCUUGGAAAAACACAGACAGCAAUGGAUCAACUUCAUAUGCACUUCACCCAAGCCAUUCAUAAUACUGUGUUUCAAGUUGUUCUUGGUUAUGUGGAACUAUGUGCAGGAAACACAGAUACAAAAUUCCAAAAGCUGCAAUAUAAAGAUCUCUGUACACACGUUACACCAGACAGCUAUAUUCCAUGCCUUGCAGACCUGUGCAAAGCACUGUGGGAAGUUAUGCUCAGCUAUUACAGGACUAUGGAAUGGCAUGAAAAGCAUGACAAUGAGGAUACCGAUUCAUCUUCUGAAGGGAAUAAUGUGAUGGCUACUGAAGAAACUAAUUUUGAUCGUGGCUACAUUAAAAAGAAAUUAGAACACGGACUUACACGAAUAUGGCAGGAUGUUCAGCUAAAAGUAAAAACCUACUUGCUUGGAACUGAUUUAUCUAUAUUCAAAUAUGAUGAUUUUAUCUUUGUUUUGGAUAUAAUCAGCAGGUUGAUGCAAGUUGGAGAAGAAUUUUGUGGUAGCAAGUCUGAAGUUUUGCAAGAAUCUAUUAGAAAACAAAGUGUCAAUUAUUUCAAGAACUACCAUAGAACACGGCUUGAUGAACUGAGAAUGUUCUUAGAGAAUGAGACCUGGGAACUUUGUCCUGUCAAGUCAAAUUUUAGCAUCUUGCAACUUCAUGAAUUUAAAUUCAUGGAACAGUCUCGUUCCCCAUCAGUUUCACCAAGUAAGCAGCCAGUCUCAACUUCUUCAAAAACAGUGACCUUGUUUGAGCAGUACUGUAGUGGUGGGAAUCCAUUUGAAAUUCAGGCCAACCACAAAGAUGAAGAAACAGAAGAUGUCUUGGCUUCUAAUGGGUAUGAAUCUGAUGAACAAGAAAAGAGUGCCUAUCAGGAGUAUGACAGUGACAGUGAUGUUCCUGAGGAACUCAAGCGAGAUUAUGUGGAUGAGCAGACAGGCGAUGCUCCUAUGAAAAGUGUUUCUCGAGAAACCCUAAAAAGCAGGAAGAAAUCAGAUUACAGUCUAAAUAAAGUGAAUGCACCCAUUUUAACAAAUACAACGUUGAAUGUAAUAAGGCUUGUUGGUAAAUAUAUGCAGAUGAUGAACAUUCUUAAGCCAAUUGCCUUUGAUGUCAUCCAUUUCAUGUCUCAGCUGUUUGAUUAUUACCUGUAUGCAAUAUAUACCUUUUUUGGUCGGAAUGAUUCAUUGGAAUCAACAGGACUUGGCCUUAGUAGUAGUAGACUAAGAACAACUCUAAACAGAAUACAAGAAAGCCUUAUUGACCUGGAAGUUUCAGCCGAUCCUACUGCCACACUUACAGCAGCAGAAGAAAGAAAGGAGAAGGUACCAAGCCCACACCUCAGUCACCUAGUGGUUUUGACAUCUGGGGAUACAUUGUACGGGUUGGCAGAAAGAGUGGUAGCCACAGAAUCCUUGGUAUUCUUGGCUGAACAAUUUGAGUUCCUUCAGCCACAUCUGGAUGCUGUGAUGCCUGCAGUCAAAAAGCCCUUUCUUCAGCAGUUUUAUUCUCAGACAGUCUCAACUGCCAGUGAACUACGCAAACCAAUUUACUGGAUUGUAGCUGGAAAAGCCAUUGAUUAUGAACAGAUGCUGCUUCUAAUGGCUAAUGUGAAAUGGGAUGUAAAAGAAAUUAUGUCACAGCACAACAUAUAUGUAGAUGCACUGUUAAAGGAAUUUGAGCAGUUUAACAGGAGGUUAAAUGAAGUUUCUAAGAGAGUUCGGAUACCGUUGCCUGUGUCUAACAUACUUUGGGAACAUUGUAUACGAUUGGCUAAUAGAACCAUUGUGGAAGGAUAUGCCAAUGUCAAGAAAUGCAGUAAUGAAGGUCGUGCCUUGAUGCAAUUGGAUUUUCAACAGUUUUUAAUGAAACUUGAAAAACUAACAGACAUUAGACCCAUUCCUGAUAAAGAAUUUGUGGAAACCUAUAUUAAAGCCUACUACCUAACUGAGAAUGACAUGGAACGCUGGAUCAAGGAGCACAGGGAAUAUUCAACAAAGCAGCUGACCAAUCUGGUGAAUGUUUGCCUGGGAUCUCAUAUCAAUAAGAAAGCAAGACAAAAACUUCUAGCAGCAAUAGAUGAUAUAGACAGACCUAAAAGAUAAUGAAUACAGUUCUUUUUCCUCAAUGGCAUUGAUCUUCACUGAACAUAUAUGACAUGAAAGCCAAUUUUUCGUGCACUUCUGAACCAUUAUUUGCUAAGAAAACUUUGUGCAUGUUCGCUCCACCUGGAAAGUAGAAAACAUCCAAGUGUGUGUGGUGUUUUCAAAUGACUUUUAUAUGCUCUGGUCUCUUCUCUUUGACUUUUGGUCUCUUUUGCUGUAAUCUUUUCCUGAAAUGAUAUUAUUGCCUCAUAACUAUUGUUAAGUGACUACAAUGAUACAUUUUAAAGAAGAAUGUACCAUAAGUAUAUAAUUAGAAUGAACAAUGACUUAAUAUAUCUAUGAGCAGUUUAUGGAGAAUGGAUGUAUAUUGUCAUGUUUUUACCCUCUGAACUUUGUUCUUAAUAAGUAUAAUAUGAGAGGGUUAAUGUACAGUAUCUCCUAAUUAUGAGCACUGCAUGAGAAUUAAAAAGUACAUGUAAAUAAAAUAGUUGAAAGAUCAGUAUGUUUUCUGUGUUUUAAAAUGUGAACAUUUAUGUCAGGGUUAAUUUGGUUAUAACAAAGUGAUCAUAAAUGAUGAAAUUUAAUAUACUCUAGUACAUUCAGCCUAUGUGAGACUGCAUUUUGAUACUUUUACAUGGUAGGCAGAUAUCAGGAAACUAAUUCAAUUUUUUAGCAUGUUCUAGUUUUAUUUUAUAUCUUGAAACUAAUGGAGAAAAGUCAUUUCAUUGAGUAUACCUUUUCGGUGCCUGGCUAGCACACAGAAUGGUGAUUGUGGGAUUUUCUCUUAUUUUCUUUAUAAAAUACAGGAUGUUUUUUAUACAAGUUUUGUUCUCUUUGAAUUCCACUUUUGUCUUAGGAUGGCAAAACCUGGGUUGACUCAGGAAAGAGCUUUCUGUUAGUCAAGCAUAAGUAUAAGGUCAUAUGUUUGCUUUUCUUAAAUAUCUGCUUUACAACACAGAUGUAAAAUAAUAUGGUUUAGCCAAUGACGAACUUUGGAACCCAGUUUAUUAGUCUUUACUAACUAUGUACUGUUCCUCUAAACUUUGCUUUGAAGCUAGGUAUCUUCUCCAGUAUAUGUGACAUGAAAAUCCAUUUCCCAUGCACUCUGGCCAGCUGUCUAAUAGGGAAUUUUGUGUGUGUUGUUUGUGUUAGAGAGUGGAAGACAUAUAAGCUUGUGUGGUGAUAGUCCUGUGAUUACUGUGCUUGAUCUGUGACAUCAGCAGCUUGAGGAAUCCUGAGGAAUCACACGAGAAACAGGGCUUGUGUUCUGUGAGACUACUGGCAGCUGAAGUGCUGAAGUGGAGGUCUCAGGGUGGCAUGUGAUUAGGCAUGGAGGUGAUAAGGAGAUGAUUGCCACUCAGUGUCCAUCAGUCCCAGCGGGUGUCCAGACUAGCACAGUCUAAUGUGGAGCACUUUUAGAAUAUGUUUAUGUGUGGGCGUUGGUGUGUGUGUGUCUGUGUGAUUUUUUCCAUAUUCAGCCUCUCACUUCACUGUCUAUUUAAAACUUUCCUCUUGUAAAAAGGCCUGAGUUUGGUGCCAUUAUGAUCUGCUUGUGGCACUAGAUUGUGUACUUGUAAAGUGGAUUGUGCCUGUAGCCAUCAGUAAUAUGUAGCCCCUUGAGGAAUACAAACAUGAAAUAAGCUUGGUCUUUGUGUUUAAAUGGCAUAUUCAUUUGGGCACAUAAAGAGCUAAUCAACCUUACUUAUUUCUCAAUUGAUUAGGAGUUGCUUUUUCUUUUUUUUUUUUCCCCGUGGAUUUUAUAGUUGGUUUCCUUUAAUUUCUACUUUAGUUAGGUCUAGAUAAUAUGAACAGCAAUUACCUGCCUGGUAACGCCUGGUGUUUUCCAGGGUAAUAGGAAUUGAUAGAAAAGAAUUACUUAAUCUUGUUAAAGACUUAGUCAUGCACUCUGACAGACCUUUUAACCUACCCUACCUUUGCUUUUUCCAUCUUCAAAAUAAAAAUGGUAAAUCUCUUCAGUGCUUUUUGAAGAAGAUUUUUGGGUUUUGUUGUCGUUUUGCUUUAAAAGGUAGCUUAGUAAGUGCUAACAUCAAAGCAGGAGAUUUGAAUCAUGAAAUUACCUAAUAACAAGAGAGUUACUAGACAUUUCUCAAAUAUAUUAUGCACUGAUAUUGAAUUAUGACCAUUUAACAAUUUGUGAAACUAAUUUUAAGAUAAAUGGAAUUGAAACACUGAGAAUGUAAAUGGAAUUAUACAUGUUCCAAAAACU